AUGAAAUGCGGAGGACAGGAGAUAUAUGUGCGGCCAUUUGGUCUCCAUUAUUGCCACCUUAUCAAGUAUUUUGAGAGCAUCAAAGGAGUCAAAAAAAUUAAAGAUGGUUACAACCCAGCAACAUGGAUGUUGGAAAUUACGACUUCAAUGGAGGAAAUAGCUUUGGGUGUUGAUUUCACAACAAUAUACAAGAACUCCGAGUUGUAUAGGAGAAACAAGACAAUUAUUGAACAACUGAGCAAGCCUCCUCCUUCCUCAAAGGACAUCUAUUUCCCAAGUCAAUACUCUCAGUCGUUUUUCAUACAAUGCAUGGCAUGCUUCUUAUGGAAACAACAUUGGUCCUACUGGAGGAACCCACCAUACACUGCUGCAAGAAUGCUCUUUACAGUUGUCGUAGCCUUGACAUUUGGAACAAUGUUCUGGGAUCGAGGAUCUAAAAUUGAAAAGCAACAGAAUCUCUUUAAUGUGAUGGGCUCUAUGUAUGCUGCCAUUGUCUUCCUUGGCCUCCAAACUGUUUCAUAUGUUCAGCCGGUUGUGGAUGUUGAACGAACAGUCUUUUACAGAGAAAGAGCUGCUGGAAUGUAUUCAGCCUCGUCAUAUGCAUUAGCACAGGCUGUGAUUGAGCUUCCAUAUGGUUUUGUACAAGCUGCAGUAUACAGUGUCAUAGUCUAUUCAAUGAUUGGAUUUGAAUGGACUGCCGCCAAAUAUUUUUGGUACAUCUUUUUCACAUACUUCACAUUAAUGUACUACACCUAUUUCGGCAUGAUGAGCGUAGUGUUGACACCAAACCACAAGAUCGCUUCUGUAGUUUCCAUUGCAUUUCAUGCACUAUGGAACCUCUUUUUAAGAUUCCCUAUACCAGGACCACGGAUACCUAUAUGGUGGAGAUGGUAUUACUGGGCAUGUCCAAUGGCUUGGACCACGUAUGGAUUGGUUGCUUCCCAGUUUGGAGAUGUGAUCAAGGACAUGCUUGACACAGGUUUGACAGUGGAAGCUUUUACGACAUGUUAUUUUGCAUACAAACAUGACUUCCUUGCAGAGUUAGCAGUUGGAGUUGUUGGGUUUGCAGCCCUCUUUGCAUGUAUCUUUGGCUUUGCCAUCAUGGUCCUUAACUUCUAA